AUGAUAAUAUCGACUUUCUUGCAUAUCUUGUCUCUGCCUCUUUGUGCCGCUGCUCUAGCUGUUCCUAGCAACGCCAAACCAGUCCAACAAAAUCUUGUCGGCGUGGUCAUUAUGUCCAAGCAAGACGCAGUCCCCGGUCACAACAAUGCUACAUACGAUGUCGUGCCAAAAGCGGACCAGCUAUUGAAUGUCGAGUUCCUCGAGGUUGCCCCAACGCCUAUUAUCGCCGACCGCGUCUUCUUCGUCUACCUGCGUGGUAAUCUACCUGAAUUUAAAAAGAAAGAGCUAGCACUUCCUGAGGAGGGGCUCAUCGAUGCCACCCUCUCUGUCCCUCACAAUGCCGCUUAA